GUGGCGGCUGUGAGAUUUUUUUACUGCUUUUGCGGCUUUGCUGUGCGCGCUUCAAAUUAUACUUGCACGCAACUGCGGCUCGACACUCAGAAUCCGAGCAUCAGCCGUGGUAAGCGCAACUCCGACUGCGAGCUAUAAAAUCAAAAAUAGCAACGCAACAACUCAAAGUUUUCAAAUUCAAAACUAAAAAAUUUGUUACAAACAAGCAAAGGAACAAGUAAAAAAAAAGUGGACCGCAACGAAUUUUGUACCUGACCAAAUAUACCGUAAAUUGUCACAAAUUCAAAUAUUCAGUGAGUGUGUGCAACGCGCGGCUCGAAACAGCAAUCGGAUUACAUACAUUACUUGUGUAGAACAUCGCACUCACAGUGUCGCCAGGAUGUCCGCCGUUCGGCAAUUCACUCUGGGCUGUGGAUUAGUUGUGCUGUUGCUGGUUGUUUGUCAAACGAAGGUCGCAAGUGCACAGUUCUUUUAUCCCCAGCAACAGUACUAUCAGCCACAGUACUAUCAGCAACCACGUCGCUUUACUCGCCAAGGCUCGGUGUCGCGCGCCAAUAGCAAUGCCUUUGAACGCGAAAUCGACUUCGGACCGAUCGGCCUAACCGAGGGUGUUUCCAAUUCGCGCGCUGUAACAAAACAAAAUGGUGGUCUACGUAAUGGCGGAACAACAAGUGUCGCCAGGAGUAAUGCUAUUACGCGUGAACUGAACUUGGGUCCACUGGACGUUGGUAGCACACUUACACGCACACAGUCACGCACAAAUGGCGCCGUAUCUCGGGGCAUUGCACAAGAAUUUAAUGUGGGCAAUCUUGAAUUUGGUGGUUCACUCUCACGUGAUAAUUUGGGCAAAGGUUUGGGUUUGUCGCGCGAUCCCAACGGUGGCACCGAUCUAAAUUUGGGAUUGCUCAGCUUUAAUUUAGACCCCUAUGCUCGUCAAAAUAAUCAACAAGCCUUGACCCAGGCUCAAGUGAACGCACAAGGACGUGGGGCGCGUACUCGCGCUAACAGCAACUCGAACACACAAUCUCGUCAAUUCGGCGGUUUGCAAAUUACCGACACAAGUUCACGCUCGAAUGCCUUCGGCCGUGUCCGCAAUGGACAGACUUCAGCUAAUACUAGAGGCUUUGCUGGUGAUGCUUUCACAAAUGCCAAUAGCUUUGGAAGAGGUUUCUUCCGUCGCAGACGUGGUACCCGCUAUGUGCGACCCAUUGUGGUGCGUACUAAACGCUAUGCCAGACGUUCUCACCCACGUGAAGGAGGCUUCUUUUUCCCCAGUGAAAGCAACGCACAGUCACAGGGUAUGGCUGAAAAUAAAGGUGACCGCUUCGGUCAGCAAGCCGGCUCAAACACACACUCAAACAAUCGCGUAACUGAUGGCGGUUUAUUCCAGGAUAACGGUGCCUCCAGUAUUGGAUCGAAUUUGGCUAAUGAUGGUUCAAGCGGUCAAGUGAGUUCGGCUAAUUCUAAUAAUAUGAAUACACAAACCAAGGACGGCAGUUCGAGCACGAAUGGUGCACAGAGUCAGUCGCUCAAUUUUGAUAAUAACCAACAGCAGGCGUCCUCAGCGAAUGCUGGUACCACACACACGCGUGACAAAGAUGGCGAAGACAUAAGUUCACAUGGUACAUCGCAAUCGACAAACAACAAUCCAUAUGGCACAUCCAGCAGUACGACCAAUACUAAAACGGAUGUUAUGCGCAAUGGUAACUCUGAAAGUGUCACAGCCGAUUCGAGCGGUCAGUCUAUCUUCCAAGGCACGAGAGGCCAAAAUGCUGGCGCAUCUACAAACUCGAAUGUUAAGUCUGAGCGUGGACCUAAUGGAUUUGUAAGUAAUUCAGCAUCGAGUAGUGCAACGGCUACUAGUCAAGGUGGUGGUAAUGCCGAUGCGUCCGCAUCGGCUUCAUCAUCUUCGUCUGCUGGCGGCGGCAACAGUGGUGCGUCUACCAACUCAAAUGCCAAUGCUGGUGGUCACAAUCCCUACUACGGGGGUUUCGGUGGUAACGGCUUUGGUAAUGGCAACGGCUUUGGUAACUUCGGUGGAGCCCAAGCCAAUAGCAAUGCUUUUGGUGGUUGGGGUUGGGGUCGAUGAAAGAGAAAGGGAGAAAAGGAAAUAGAAAAGCAUGAUAAAUAUCCAGGAUACUAUUUUAUUUUUGCUGAAAUUUUAUUAGAUUACGAAUAAAUUAAUUUAUAAUAUUUUUUUGUUUUA